ACACAAACGAUUACAGACUCUUGGAUCAUAGUACGCAUGUGAAGCGAAUGUGUGUAUAUUACGAAGUUUUAAUGUGAACAUUUUUUUAUGAUGUGUUCAGUAUUCGUUCAGUCUUCAGCGAGUCUAAAUGAACUGAACGAGACACGAGAAAAGCAUUCUGUACGUUCAUCACAGUAGAUAAAAACAAUUUUUUUUAAAAACUUUUUUUUUCUUACACUCGUGCAGAUAACGAUAGAAAAAUUGUUUCUUGUGAUUGUGAUUAGAGCAUUAUUUGUAAUAAUACCGCGAGCUUUUGAAGCACUAUUUCGAAAAGUGAUUUUAUUGAAAUCAGUUGUAGACAAUACGUGGUUUUAGUGGUAACGGUGUUACAUAUGUCGUCGUGUACGUUAGAAGAUUGAAUCUCUAACUCUCGCACAUCAGCCACAAUUAACAUAACUUUUGUUGUUUUGUUUGAAUUUGUUUUUUUCUUUCUUCAAUUUCGUAAUAUUCUAAUAAAUUCGUCGUCGUCUCGAUGGAUGUACUGUGUACAAAUAGAAAUACAUCGGAGCCGAUACGGAUGCGCAGUACGACCGCAUCUGUAGAACAAAUCAACCACAUUUUUACUGAAAAUAAUUUAUAUCCGAAUUCAAUGUCACCAACGGCUACGCAACGUUUAAUGGGUCCAGCUAUCACCGAGACAGUUCAGACGAAACCUUUUCCGAUACGAGGUGAACGUGUAAAUUAUGUCAACAAACCGCAUGUUAUUGCUAUGGUGGGCCUGCCGGCCAGAGGCAAAACGUACAUUGCAAAGAAACUGUCACGCUACUUAAAUUGGGUUGGCAUAGACACCAGAGUGUACAAUCUAGGUGAAUACAGACGAAGUGCAACAACUGCAUAUAAGAAUCAUGAAUUCUUUCGCUCAGAGAAUCAGGCUGCGAUGGCUAUUCGUACCGAGUGUGCUCUGCGUGCUCUAGACGAGGCAUGUCAAUGGUUAUCGGUUAGUGGAGAAGUUGCGGUGUUUGACGCAACAAAUUCGACACGGGACCGGCGCAAACUGAUCCAUGACAUUGUGGUGGGCAAAUGGGGCUACAAAUUGUUUUUCGUCGAAUCGAUAUGUGAUGAUCCGACCAUUAUCGAGCAAAAUAUUAUGGAAGUGAAAGUCAGCAGUCCGGACUACGAAAAUAUGGAUAUCGAUCAGGCAUUGUCGGACUUUUUACUUCGCAUCGAACACUACCAGGAAAAGUACGAAUUGUUGGACGAGGAGAAGGAGAAAGAUUUGUCGUACAUGAAAAUCUACAACACCGGCGAAAAAGUCGUGGUACACAAGCACGAAGGUCACAUACAAUCGCGCAUCGUCUAUUAUCUGAUGAACAUUCACAUUACACCAAGAACCAUUUACCUGACAAGACACGGUGAAAGUGACCACAAUCUUCGCGGUCUAAUUGGCGGUGAUGCGGACCUUAGUGCCCGGGGUCAGUCAUAUGCCAAAGCGCUGGCCAAAUAUAUCGAUCAACAGAAAAUGGAUGGACUUCGCGUUUGGACGUCUCGUCUAAAACGCGCAAUACAAACCGUUGCUGAUGUACCAGCUCCACAGGAACGAUGGAAGGCUUUGAAUGAAAUCGAUGCCGGUAUCUGCGAAGAAAUGACGUACGAGAACAUUCAACGGAAAUUCCCCGAAGAGUUCGCAUCUCGUGAUCAGAACAAAUUCUACUACCGCUACCCCAGAGGCGAAAGCUAUGAAGACUUAGUCGCCCGCUUAGAGCCCGUCAUUAUGGAACUGGAACGCCAAGGCAACGUACUGGUUGUUUCACAUCAGGCUGUGCUUAGAUGCCUUCUUGCAUAUUUCUUAGACAAACCGGCAGAAGAGCUUCCUUAUCUUGAAGUUCCACUUCACACGAUAAUCAAACUGAAUCCAGUUGCUUACGGUUGCAAAGUCGAGCAUAUUAAAUUACCGAUUGAUGCUGUGGAUACGCAUCGUGCGAAACCAGAGAUACCCGGUCAGGUUACUAGCCCCAACCAAUCGACAUCGAAUGGUGCAUGAAUAUGACUUGUAUGCUCAGACUUAACCUUCCCACAAUUUUAACGGUCCAAUUGAAAUUAUCUAAUUUUGUAAAAAUUUUAAGAUUACAAUUUGCGCAUAUACAGACAACUGCGAAGAGAGAGAGAGAGGGAGAAAUUCAAAAUUUUUGAUUUUGUACUUACAAUUUGGUUCAAUUUGGUGAGACUAAUUGAAACGAAAAAAACUUUUUAUUUUUGCUUCGUCUUUGGGUGAACCACACCACACUUCUUCGACGUUGUCAUUCAAAAUUUCUUUCGUUUUUUCCAAAUUUUUCCAAUUUAGAAGAAUCGAAUUUAUAAUCAAUUGAAUUGUGUACACAUACAAGUCGUCUAUAUUAAAGAGAAAGUGAGAGUGAGAGAGAGAGAGAGAAAGAAUAUUUUUAAAUAAAAAAUUUUACUUCUGAAUGGU